AAAAUGUUAACAGUACAGCUUCAGUGAGCAUUGAGUAAGUUUAACAUUUCAUGCAAGUAUCUUUCGUUACUGUUUUUCAUUAGUUUCACAGAAUUGUUCUAUCAUGGAACGAAUCUUGGCACUAGUUUUUCUUAUGUGUAUUGGUUGGAUAUGUAUUGCUGAAACUGCAGCCAGAAGUAAUGACGACAGUGAGCUGUUACAACAGAUAAUUAGUGCACUCAGUGACGGCAGUAAAAAUGACGUCAGAGAUAUGAUGAAUAAGAAAGGGACGAGGAAUGACGUCAGUGGUGGCAACAGAAACAGAUACAGCGGAAAUUACGUAAAAAAAGGUGUCUAUCAUAAAGAAGAUGUAAAAGCAGUGGAGAAUGGUAAAACAUCUAGAGCACAUGGUCACGAAAAGGAACGAGACGCAAGUUUUCUCAGGGCGAUUGAAGCGUUUUUAAAUUCAAAGAGGGCUCGUGGAGAGAACGAGGAGAGGUGGCUUCAGGAUGAUUUUAUAAUUCGAGGAACAAAUGCGACGUCUACAUCGACAUCCACAUCGACAGUCGUGCCUUUAACCAACCCAGCAACUUCUUCCACUGCAGCCACCACCAAGUCUUCAUCCUCAUCCCUGUUUUGUUUCCGGUUUUGGGGCAAAAAAUACUGCUUUCGGAUUUAAACAGAGUCAUUAUAUUAAACAAACAACAAACUUCAAAAUGUAUCAUAUACAAAAGCAUACGUCAGAUCAUUUAGCCUGGCUCCCUACUGCAUGGUUAUUUUCUUGUAUGUUAUAAGUAAAUUUUAAGCCUAAAAAUAGCAGACUUUUAUCUGAUGACUAAUCCAUACCUGUGUUCGGAACCAAUGGUAACAAAAAUGUCAAGUGGAGUUACUUCCACUGUUAAUGCAGAAAAGUUAUAUAUAAUGAGAAUUAUGACAGAACAAACAUAGGGACUGGAGCCAGUCUGCAGAAGAUUUUCUUUACACAGUUUCUUCAUUCGCUAAAGAAUGGUACUAUUAAUUCGAAUGCUAUACUGUGUUCUAUUAAAGAUAUGUUAUACCGAAA